ACUUGGGUUGCGCCUCCAUCAGAAACCAGUUUAGAAAAACCCUCGCUGAAGACGGUCUGCUGCAUGUCACCCACUGAGCUGCAAAAUAACGAUUUCUCUGCACACAGUUUGGGAGAAAGCUUUGAGUGCGCGGUGCAUCCUGGGGCUCUGCAACAUCUUUUCUGAGGGUUACAGGCGCCUUGAAGAAGUCUGCGCAUUGGCAUUAGGACUGGAGUUGUUUUGUUUUGGUGUGCGCAAUGAUGGCCACUUACCAAAACCCGGAGGAUGACGCAAUGGCAUUAAUGAUCCACGACACCAACACGAGCAAGGAGAAAGAGCGACCCAAAGAGGAGCCGGUCCAGGAGAAGGUCCCGGAGAAGCCGGAUCCGUCCCAGAAACCACCGUACUCCUAUGUCGCUCUCAUCGCCAUGGCCAUCCGGGAAAGCACGGAGAAGCGCCUCACUCUGUCCGGUAUUUACCAAUAUAUCAUCAGCAAGUUCCCCUUCUACGAGAAAAACAAGAAAGGUUGGCAGAACAGCAUCAGGCAUAACCUGAGUCUCAACGAAUGCUUCAUCAAAGUUCCGCGUGAGGGCGGCGGGGAGAGGAAGGGGAACUACUGGACCCUCGACCCGGCCUGUGAGGACAUGUUUGAGAAGGGGAACUACAGGAGGCGCCGCAGGAUGAAGCGGCCGUUCAGACCUCCACCGACGCACUUCCAGCCGGGGAAGUCCUUGUUCGGGGGAGACGGCUACGGCUACCUGUCCCCGCCUAAGUACCUGCAGUCUAGCUUUAUGAACAACUCCUGGUCGCUCGGCCAGCCGCCCACUCCCAUGUCGUACACGUCCUGUCAGAUGGCGGGCGGCAACGUGAGUCCAGUGAACGUGAAGGGACUGUCAGCCCCUUCGUCUUAUAACCCCUACUCCCGCGUGCAGAGCAUGGCACUCCCCAGCAUGGUGAACUCUUACAACGGCAUGAGUCACCAUCACCACCCGGCGCAUCCCCACCAUGCCCAGCAGCUGAGCCCGGCCACCGCGGCACCUCCUCCGGUCUCCUCCAGUAACGGAGCGGGCCUUCAGUUCGCGUGCUCCCGUCAGCCCGCGGAGCUCUCCAUGAUGCACUGCUCUUACUGGGAACACGAGACCAAACACUCGGCGUUACACACGAGGAUUGAUAUUUAAACUUUGCCAAAUGGUCUGUGCAAAAUGAGGACUCUGAGAGUGAGCGAUGAUUCCUGUGAUUUCAAAACAGAGCCUAGAGGGGUUGUUUUUUUUUUGUUUGAUUUUAUUUUUUUGAAGAGACCGAGCUGUUUGGGUCCAGCAGACACCCACAAAAGGCCGAUCGGAAGGUAUGCGUAAGUAAGUAAGAUUUUACUGAAUUGGAUCUGGAGCUCAGAAAGUCACCAGGACGCAUCAGGUAGCACAAACUCAUGGAGCCAUUUCGUGCGCUUGUUUUACACUUGGACUGAUGGCCACGCAUUUUGGUGUUGUAGUCCUGAGUGUGCCUUUUCACUCUCACGGGGACAUACGCGGCUGAUGUUACUUCAGUUGCGUGUUGUGUGCGUAAAGAUCUCUUUUUUUAUACGAACAGCUUUUCCUCACUAUUUGCCAAAAUGACACGAGGAGACGAUGAGAUGCCCUGAAUCCAGUCAGUUUUUUGU